GUUUAAAGAGCAGCUCGCGGAAUUCCCCAACACCGAUCCGCAGAGACGAGGACAGUAACAGAGCGAAUCAUUACUGUCAACCAGACAACAAGGACUACAGAAAUACGCUUAUUUAAAAGUUUUAUGUAAUCUGCAAUUGGACCCUAAAUCCCGUCAAAAAUAUUCACACGUUCAGCAAAGUGGACCAAUAGUAAUUCAGCCUGAAUGGAAAACCCAAACAGGGGCAGGAGAGGUAGAGGAGCCAACCAUGUCCAUCACAGAAUAGGUGCUGAGGCUGGUCAGAGAGAAGAGGAAGGGAUAGCCAACCGAGGGGGAAGAGGUAGGGCCAGGGGAGAGAGGAGAGGUGUUAAUGGGGGGAACCCAAGGGAGGAUAGGAGAGCGCGAGAUGCCAGGGGAGGAAGAGGAAGGGAGGGAGGAGGGGAGGGUGCAAGGGGUUGGGGAGGAAGAGGAAUAGGAGGGGAGGGUGCGAGGGGUUGGGGAGGAAGAGGAAUAGGAGGGGAGGGUGCGAGGGGUUGGGGAGGAGGAGGAGAAAGAAUGGGAGGCAGAGGAGGAGGGAGAGGAAGAGAUGGAGAGAGAGGGGGAGGGAGAGGAAGAGCUGCAGAUGGUGGCGCUCCUCAUGUUCGUCCAAUGGGGUACAAAACGUUGGAGGAGCUCUCAGGGAAAGAACCUUCAGAAAUAGCCAUUACUCUUGCCUCCAGUUAUGGACUGCAAGCUCUACUCGAUGAACGAGAGAUGCGAAAGGACCUCGUUCAGCUCCUCUGCCAAGUCCUCUGCAAGGCCUUCUUGUCCAAAACUGACCGUCAAACUAUACAGCACUUGGCUGGCUUAAUCAAGCAUUCUGGAUUCCUCCGAACCAUCCUGCCCCAUUAUGUGAUGGGAAUGGGGUCAGAGUUCGACCUCACUCGCCGGGAACAGUACCCCCAGCACUUGGACAACAUCAUGACCCUUCUCGCUGAGGUGCUCAGGAUAUUCCCGGCUAGCUCGACCCAGGCCGUGUCCAUGAUAGUGGCCCUCUUCAGACCAGUCAUCAACAGCCUGCGAGCUGUGGGGGUGGAUGUCCUGGAGCAGACGGAGGAGAACUUGGAGAAGAUCCAGGUCCUGGUGGAGCACCUCCAGGAGAGAGCCAGGGAGGGCACCCUAAAGUCGGACAACUACUCCUUCAUCACCCCCCAGGAGGACGCCCCACCUGGGGAGGCCGACUUCAGGACCUUGUCCAUCUACCCCACCCCCGAGGAGUUCCACCAGGAACAGAGGCCCUUCCUCAGGCCCAACCUCAUCUUGAAACGCUAUGCCAGCGGACUGCUGUACCUGGACACGCACUUCCGGCUCAUGCGAGAGGACUUUGUGAGACCUCUUCGAGAGGGCAUCCAGAAGCUGCUUCAGAGCCAGCAGGACCUGGGCAAUAAAGACGUCCCUUUGAGGAAGAAGCGCUUCGAUGACAUCACAGUGUACUUUGACACGCGACUGGUGGUUCCAAUGUGCACCCGGUCUGGUUUGGCCUAUAAGGUCCAGUUUGACUCCAAACCUCUUAAGUUUGUCCGCUGGCAGAACUCCAAGCGGCUGAUAUAUGGGUCCCUGGUCUGCAUGUCCAGUGACAACUUUGAGACUUUCCUGUUUGCCACUGUGUCGGACCGGGACCCCAAGGAGCUAGAGAAGGGCUUUGUCCAGAUCAUUUUCUCAACGGAGAGCAGGCGAGCCCUAGCCGGAGUGGAGGCCCACCAGUCCUUCCUCAUGGUGGAGACAACCGCCUACUUUGAGGCCUACCGCUACGUCCUCGAGGGGCUGCAGGAGCUGGAAGUAGAGGAUCUGCCCUUCCAGAGGUAUAUAGUGGAAUGUAGCUCAGAGGUCCACCCUCCUGCCUACCUGCCAAUGGGGGAUACAUAUGACCUGUCUGCUAUUGCGGUGCCUGAGUUUAAGAGCAGCCGCUUCCACACCCUGGAUCCUGAAGCCUGGCCCCCCAUGGAGCAGCUGGGAUUGGACGAGUCCCAGAUGAGAGCACUUCAGCUCGCCCUCACCAAGGAGCUGGCAAUCAUCCAGGGACCCCCAGGCACAGGGAAGACCUACACAGGACUAAAGAUCGCCCAAGCUCUUUUGACCAAUCAGGAGGUGUGGAAAGGUGUCGUUGACUCCUCCCCAAUGCUGGUGGUUUGUUAUACCAACCACGCUCUAGACCAGUUCCUGGAAGGCAUCCACAAGUUUUUACCAGACGGUAUUGUAAGAGUGGGUGGGCGAAGCAACAGUGAGGCCCUGAAGCGUUUCACUCUGGGGGAGCUGAAAAGGUCCCAUGAAUUCCGCCGCAGACUACCGCAACAUCUUCGCCGUGCCAACAGUGAGAUCUAUGAUGCACUGCGGACCGAAGAGACUAAGAUCCAGACUCAGUCUGUGCAGCUGGAAUGCAGUCUGCGAGGCGUUCUGAGGGAACAGUUCCUUCAAAGGUUCAUCUCAGAGGAGCACUGGGAUAGCCUGUCCCUCCAGCCUGCACUGGAUGGUUUUGAGAGCUAUGGUGGGAAGAAGCCAUCUAUGAUAAUGGAGUGGCUGGGGUUAGGUUCCACUGCCUUCCAGCAGAGGACACCACAUCCUCAAAAUGAUAAUGCAGAUGGGGAAAUGGACGAAGAUGAGGAGGAGGAGGAGGACCUGAUCGAGAUAGCGGAGGAGGCAGACCUGAUCCAGAUGGAACGCAUUGUAGAAGUCUCAGACAUGCAUCAUAGUCACGAUGAUGAUCGAAGAAAGAUGGAGGAGACAGUCAGGGAUAUGGCGGAAAUGAUGCUGGCCAUGAACCUGGAGAACACUCUGAUACAUGCAGAGCAGAGUGAAGAAGGCUGGGAGAUACAGCGGGUGCAGAAGAGGAAGAUGAAACAUCGUAUUAGGAGAGAGCUAGGCAGCAGCUCAGCCAUGAGUGAAGAUGAGGAAGACACCAUUCUGGAUGUGUGGACUCUUAGUCUGCCAGACAGAUGGAGACUGUACCGGUUAUGGGUGGGGCGUUAUCGGACGGAGCUGCGUAUGCGAGCCCAGCAGGCAGAGCAGGACUAUCAGGAUGCUGCCGAGCGUCUGGCUGAGAUUCGUCUCCGUGAGGACUUAUGUGUCCUGAAGGAAGCCAAGGUCAUCGGCAUGACGACCACGGGGGCUGCUAGAUGGCGCAAAGCUUUGCAGGAAGUGCGCCCCCGCCUAGUGAUCGUGGAAGAGGCAGCAGAGGUACUGGAGGCCCACACCAUCACCACUCUGAGCCAGGCCUGCCAGCACCUCAUUCUCAUUGGAGACCACCAACAGCUCCGGCCCAGUGCAACAGUGUUCGAACUGGCCAAGAACUUCAAUCUUGAAGUGUCCAUGUUUGAGAGGCUGAUCAGGAUGGACUUUCCAUACGUCAGACUUAACUACCAGCAUCGCAUGAGGCCAGACAUUGCCCGUCUCCUGGUCCCGCACAUCUACUCUGAGCUAGAGAACCACCCCUCAGUGAUGGACUAUGACAAUAUUAAGGGUCUUCUCUCCAACAUGUUCUUUGUGGAGCAUAACUACCCGGAGGAGGAGAUCAGGGAUGGAAAGAGUCGCCAGAACCUCCACGAGGCCUUCUUUGUGGUAGCGUUGUGUCGCUACCUACUGCUACAGGAAUACCAGCCGUCCCAGAUCACCAUCCUCACCACUUACACUGGCCAACUCCACUGUCUGCGCAAACUCAUGCCAGCCAAAGAGUUCAAUGGGGUAAAAGUUCAUGUUGUUGACAAAUACCAAGGAGAGGAGAAUGAUAUUGUCCUGCUGUCGCUGGUUCGAAGUAACAAAGAGGGGAAGGUGGGCUUCUUGAACAUCCCCAACCGCGUCUGUGUGGCCCUGUCACGGGCUAAGAAGGGUCUCUACUGCAUUGGAAACAUGGCCAUGUUGGGAAAAGUCAAGCUUUGGAGCAACAUCCUGCACACACUGCGAGAGAAAGACCAAGUGGGCCCUGCCCUGACUCUGUGCUGCCAGAACCACCCUGAGCGACACAUUAAAGCAUUCUGCGGCGACGACUUCAAACAUGCUCCUGAGGGAGGCUGUAACCUGCCCUGCGAGUUCCGCUUGAACUGUGGUCACGUGUGCUCCAGUGCUUGCCACCCGUACGACCAAGAGCACAAGAAGUACACAUGUAACAAGAAGUGCCAGAAGGUCCUCUGUGAGCUGGGGCAUCGAUGCAAACUUCUGUGCUACAAGAAGUGCCCUACAGACUGCCUUACGCGGGUAGAGAAAAUCGUACCGCGAUGCCAGCACAAGCAGAUGGUGCCCUGUCACCAGGCUCCAGAGCAGUUUGUGUGCCAGGAGCCCUGUCAGAAGAUGCUGGUGUGUGGCCAUCUAUGUGCCACUGUGUGUGGGGAGUCCUGCACCACCACCUGCAUGGCAACAGUCACCUUGGAGCUCAAGUGUGGACACAAGCAAGAAGGGGACUGUCAUUAUAGGAGAUCUACAGUACAGCCGGACUGCAGGGCACCUUGCAAACAGAUUCUGAAGUGUGGCCACCCCUGUCCUGGUUCCUGCCAGAGAUGCCACCAGGGCCGCUUCCACUUGGGCUGUUUCCACCGAUGUGAUAAGCUCCUAGUCUGCUCCCACAAGUGUCGGGAGCCCUGUACACGUGACUGCCCUUCCUGUCCAAUUCUCUGUGAGAAUCGCUGCAUCCACAGUGCCUGUAAGAAGCCCUGCGGCCAGCCCUGUGCCCCCUGCAUAGAGCCCUGUGCCUGGCAGUGUCCUCACCAGGGCUGCAGCAAACUCUGCCAUGAGCCUUGUGACCGUCCACCCUGCACCCAGCCCUGCACCAAAACCUUGCAGUGUGGGCACCCCUGUAUCGGCCUGUGUGGAGACCCCUGCCCCAACAAGUGCCGUGUUUGCCACCGCGAGGAUGUAUUGGAGAUCUUCUUUGGUACGGAGGACAAUGCUGAGGCCUGCUUUAUUCAGUUGGACGGCUGCGGACACAUCUUUGAGUCCACGUCCAUGGAUAUAUACAUGGGGAUGGAUGACAACCAGCAGGCUACCGAGGAGCAGCUUGCAGUAAAGUUGAAGGAGUGCCCCAGGUGUCGCACUCCCAUCCGCAGGAAUCUCCGGUACGGGGCUUCCGUCAACCGGAGUCUGGCAGUAAUUGAGAAAGUUAAGGAGAAGAUUAAUGGAGCACAGUCAGAUAUUGCUGCACAAAAGGCGGUCCUUAAGCAGCAAUGGAUUGACAAGGAGGACUUACAAAGGUAUCUACCAAUGGAGUACAUACAGAUCGAGAAAAAACUAAGGGCCUCCCACCUCACAGCUAAGGAACUGUGGAUCACGGAAAACAAGAUGGCCUUCCUUGAGAGAGUUGGCAAGUUGCUGAAGAUUAGUAGGGAGCACAUGUCAAGUGCGGAAGUUUUCCACUUUGAUGAGAAAGUCGAAGAGUUCCUGAAGUGGCUGAUGGAUUGUUACCAGAAGUUCUCGGAUCAGCAGGCUUCUGAUCUGCAGAGAGAGCUACAGAGGCUCUCCUUUUUGGCCGAGCUCAACGCCCGUUGCAAGAUGGCUAAGGACACAGGUCGUGGGGUCAAGGUUCAAGCUGAGGUCACAGCCAUAAGGGAGGUUCUGGAGAGAAUGCAGCCAUUCACUCUGCAAGACGAGGACUCGGUAAAGCAGGCACUGAAAGACUUGGCUGAAAAGCUACCAAGCUCUGGCCUGGGGAUCAGUGAUGAUGAACGAAAGAUGAUACUCUCAGCCAUGAGUUUGCCUAAAGGCCAUUGGUACUCCUGCCCCAACGGUCACGUAUAUGCCAUCGGAGAUUGUGGAGGCGCCAUGAUGAGCCGUAACUGCCCAGAGUGCAAUGCUACGAUCGGUGGAGCAAACCAUGCUCUGGCAAGUGGCAACAGAGUGGCUUCAGAGAUGGAUGGGGCACAACACGCUGCGUGGUCUGAAGCUAACAAUAUGCUGAACUUUGGUCUGAUGAACCUUGCUGAUUAAAAACUGAUUAUUUUCUCUGUUUAAUUGUGACUGCAUGACCGAUGUGAUAAUUAUCAUAAUUUGCACUCCAGAAAGCGUUGCUAUAUCAAUUGAUAUAUUUAAAUGCUGAAAUCACUGUAAAUGAUUCAUUGAAUGUGAUGAAAUCAAUCUGCUUUGUCAAUAUAAUAUUUAUUGUUAUUGUACUUUUUAAAGUGAUAUCACUCCAGAGUACAAUACUGUAUUUUCAACCCAAUGUACAAUUAUGAAUUAUGCAAAUGUUUAGGCAGGAUUUUUGGGCCUCAACAUCUAGACACCUGUGUGUAUUUUUCCAGUCACACCAAUAGAUGGCAGCAGUGUAUUGUUCAUUUAACAAAGAGUUGGCUUGAUAUGUGCAAUAUGUUUUCUCUAAUAAAACAUAUCUGAGACGAUCCCA